AUGGCAACCGUGUCAAUUUAUUUUUUAUGGAAACUUUCUGUUAAGGAAAUAUUAUGGCAACCGUGUCAAUUUAUUUUUUAUGGAAACUUUCUGUUAAGCAAAUAUUAUGGUAACCAUCUCUCUGUCUAUAUAUAUAUAUGUGUGUGUGAGCUUUUGCUAUUGAAUUCAUAUUUGCAGCUCUCUUUUCUUUGUUCUGCAAAACCCCAACUUAAUUGUUUCUUGACCAUCGCUGAAAAGAAGCAAAAUUUUACUUUUGUUUCUCUGUUUGUUGUUAUGAUGAGUAUGAAUUCGGAUCCUGCUCUGUUUCUCACACACGGUCAAUACAUUGACGGUGUCUUUGUCAUUGAUAAUGCUGCUCCUCUCUUUCCUUCACAACCCCACAAUCAUCCCUCAACAAAUACUGUUUUCCAGGAUCCAUAUACUCAUCAUUUGGCUCCACAUAAUAACUACUCUGUUUUCUGGGAUCCUUAUACUUAUCAUCAUCAAUUCAUUCAUCAACCAACUGAUGAUGUCAAUCAGUUAAUAGUCGCAAUGCAAAACUUUGGUAGUCGUCUCAGCGCACAGCCAUUUGAUUAUACAGCUUUGAUUGAUCUACCAGCCCAUCACACUGAAGUAAGCCAGCAGCAGGAGGAGGAAAUUGUGAUGAUGAAAACCACAAGUCGUUGUGUUAAUAAAGUUGAUUCAGAAGAGAUAUGUUCCAUAUGUCUAUCUGAUUAUGUAAAGGACGACACAAUUGGUACACUCAGUUGUGGACAUGAAUAUCACGCAAAUUGCAUACAACAAUGGCUGCUGAGGGGCAAGAAGAAUUGUCCAAUCUGUAGAUCUUCUGUUUAACAGUAACUUUACUUUUCUUUGUAUUACGUUGCUGUUAGUCUUAGCUAGCUAUACAUUGUUUUUAUUUGAACUAUUUUUUAUUCAGUUGCCAUAUUGAAUAUAUAUAUAUAUAUAUAUGUUGGAGAGUA